CGACGCUGCCUCCGCCGCUGCCGCUCCUCCCGCUCGCGCUGCUGCUCCUCCCGCUCUGCAUCCCCGGGCCUGCCCUCGGCGGGGGGUGCCGUCCCCUCCCCCUCCCUCCGCCCCCUCCCCUCCCUCCCUCCCUCCGCCCGCCCUCGCCGUCGCCGGCACCCGCGGAGCUGACGCCAGGGGGGCUCCCGAUGUAACACCAUGACCGGCAUCGCGGCCGCCUCCUUCUUCUCCAAUACCUGCCGCUUCGGGGGCUGCGGGCUGCACUUCCCGAGCCUGGCCGACCUCAUCGAGCACAUCGAGGACAACCACAUCGACACAGAUCCUCGUGUUUUGGAAAAGCAAGAGUUACAGCAGCCGACCUAUGUCGCCCUCAGUUACAUUAACAGAUUUAUGACUGAUGCAGCUCGCCGUGAGCAAGAAUCCUUGAAAAAGAAAAUUCAACCCAAACUUUCACUGACCCUGUCCAGCUCAGUGUCUCGAGCGAAUGUGUCCACUCCGCCUCGCCACAGCAGCGGAAGCCUUACUCCACCCGUUACCCCUCCCAUCACUCCCUCUUCAUCCUUUCGCAGUAGCACACCAACAGGCAGUGAAUAUGACGAGGAGGAGGUGGACUACGAGGAAUCAGACAGCGACGAGUCCUGGACCACCGAGAGCGCCAUCAGCUCCGAGGCCAUCCUCAGCUCCAUGUGCAUGAACGGAGGGGACGAGAAGCCUUUCGCCUGCCCGGUGCCUGGAUGCAAAAAACGCUAUAAGAAUGUCAACGGCAUCAAGUACCACGCCAAGAACGGCCACCGAACGCAGAUCCGCGUCCGUAAACCCUUCAAAUGCCGUUGCGGGAAGAGUUACAAGACCGCUCAGGGCCUGCGGCACCACACAAUCAAUUUCCACCCGCCCGUGUCUGCGGAGAUUAUCAGGAAGAUGCAGCAAUAACCCGCUGGUCCUAACUGUGCCAAGAAAUCCUCACCAGCAGUUGCUGAUUUUUGAAAACAGCCACCUUUUGUCGAGGGAAGCGUUCAGCAACCCUUUAAAAGAAGAGUUAAAUGCAUGCUUUACAUUUUUUUCUGUAAUUUUGGAAUGUUAUCUUUGUAGAGUUAAUGAUUUUGUACAUUUGCACAUGUAAUCGACCAUACCCACCAUUUUCAUUACUUUGAUAUAAGGUGCUAAAACAGAAAAAAGCUCUAGGCUCUUCAGAAUAUUUUCCCCAAAAUAAAAACGAGGGCAUGUGGAAAAUAGGUUUAAUUGUCCUGCAGUGUUACCGACUUGGGAGGGGAAGCCUGGCACUGAGAUCAUUUCGAGAUCGUAAUGCGAUUGAAGUCUCUCGACACAUCGACUCACACGUGUGGAAACCAAAACAUCACCACUGUCGUCCAGCUGGUUAACAUGCCUUACCUAGGGGAGCUCAGACCCGUGGCUAGCCAGUCGUUAGGGAGCAGAAAUUAUAUAAGAAUGUUUAACAUAAUAUGCUAAAAAUAUUUUCAUACUUAAAUAACAUACAUAAAGAGGUGUGCUUUCUGUGUUUUAUAUUUUCUUGCCAAUCUUUUUUUCCCCUUUGAAGUGCUGAAGAUCUUGCCAUGUGACUGAGCAAUCAUUUUAAUGUCAGAAAUGACUUUUUAAGAGGCAUACUCCAUCCAUCCGUCAUCCCAUAUCGAGUGCCUACCAAGUACAAGGCAUGGUGCUGGGUGCUCGAUUCAUGCCCAUCAGAUGUUUGAGGACCAAGAUUCAAUGAAUUAUUUCCCCUAAAAUCUGUUCGGAAACACUUUGAAAUACUUAGAAUGCAAAUUGUGUGUGUGAAAUUUAGUUCUCUCUUCAUCCUCGGAUGAAGUCUUAAAGCACUUUGCAGUUCUCUAUUGCCAACAGAUUUGAUGUUUUAUGUGUUGCCAAUUCUUGCAACUCCUGCCCUUUCGUGCCUGUGGCAGCAAAUCAAGAUGAAAGCUCUGAGCAUGUUUCAAGGGGAGACCCUCCAGGCGGGGAGGAGGGAGAGGGUUGCCCCACGCGCAAGGUGUGCACAUUCCCAUUGGAACUCUGUUUAGCUUUAUAAAUCGCUUUGCCGACACAAGAAACAUUGAGCCUUACCGACAAUGAAGUGCUUCUAGCAGCAGGUGGUCAGAGAGCACGGUGACCGACACGGCCCACUGUAGCGUUCGCUUCUAUGGGGACCAUCCCUGAGCUUUUCCUCAGUAACAGGACCAUCAUUGAGGGUUUCUUUCCUCCCAAGUGCUAUUCUUGAAACAUGAGUUUACCAGUUGCCUAAUUAUGCAAUAAAAAUUGCUCUGAGACGGCCAACUUCCCACAAAACAAAUUGGUAAAAAGCAAGUUAGGGCUGCCUGUGACAACGCUCUUCCCCUGUGGCCUGGGCCCGUGUGAUAGAAAGUCUUGGACACAGCUGGGAAGCAGGUGGCCCUUUCAUUUUUCGGGACACUCACUAAACUUUUGAAAGGAUGACAGUUCUCUGUUAGCCAGAUGUGUAAACAUCUACUUUCAUCAGUCUUGGAUCCUUCCUAAUGAGGAUUUUAAGCGUUUAGAAAGAGAACACCCUCUAAAACUUUCCUCAGAUCUCAGAAGGCAUGAGUGUGGUUCUGACACCCAGUGCUCCCAUUUCAAAGACGAUCCAGACUGAAGACGUGCCGAGGGGGUGCCCGGCAGGGCCCCCCUUUGGCUCGGGGCGCCCGAGCAGACCACGCUGUGGCUAGGGCCAGGGUCUGCGGGCUGAAUCAGUUAGUAGCUAAACAGUCAUAAAAUAAAAUCAUCAUGCAUGGGACUUCCUUUCAGCUAUGAAAUCAAUUCCAGCUUCUAAUUACUUAUUCAUUGUGACAGUAUUACUAAACAGGUAAGGACGGGACUAUUUUGUUAUACCGUGUAUAGUGAAUGUAUUGUAUUGUGUCUGUGAAAACUGUGCUUUAAAUUAUAUUUUCAUAUGUUUUGUUGGGGGGAAAGAACAUUAAGUUUGAAAGUGACAGGGGUUUGUUGGAAUUGAAGGUGAUGUACUGAUUAAGAAUUCCUGUUGAGAAAGCUGCUUACAAAUGUAAAUCAAAUCACAUUUAAAAUAAACUGCCUCUGACCCAAAACAA